GCUCGGCACCAUGCUUUCUUGACAAGUCCCGUCACUGGGUUUCACUAAUCAGUAAUCACCAACACCCAAAAGUAAACAACACACAGAAAAUGGAACUUAAGUCACUUGGUUUUCCCUGUGAUUAGGUUUAAGUUUUGACCAACAAAUUUCAACUUUUCUUCAAUCUGAUCUUAAGUUUAGGUUUUAUUUGAAGAUAUCUGCAAUUAACAGAUAUCAGCAUCAGGAGGUUUCCAAUGGGGAUUCGGUUUCUAUUGUGGGUGUUGAUAUGUGCAAUUACUUCCGUGCUUUUGAAAUUUCUGUCAGCUAUUAUCAAAGGAAGGAUUAACAGAAAAAAAUCUGUUGGGUUUUUCCACCCUUACACUAAUGAUGGUGGAGGUGGAGAGAGGGUACUUUGGUGUGCCGUGAAAGCAUUCCAAGAAGUGAACAGUAAUCUUGAUUGUGUUAUUUACACUGGUGACCAUGAUGCUUCUCCUGAAAGCUUGUUAACUCGAUCCAUCGAUCGUUUUGGUGUCAAGCUCCUUCAACCACCUCAGGUGGUUCAUCUGUAUAAAAGAAAGUGGAUUGAGGAAGGAACGUACCCACGUUUCACCAUCGUUGGGCAAAGCUUUGGUUCAGUUUAUCUGUGUUGGGAAGCUCUGUGUAAACAUACUCCCCUAGUUUAUAUUGAUACUAGUGGUUAUGCUUUUACUUAUCCACUUGCCAGGGUGUUCGGGUGCAAAGUUCUAUGCUAUACACAUUAUCCUACAAUCAGUUCAGAUAUGGUCUCUCGAGUUCGACAACGGGAUCCAAUGUAUAAUAAUGACCCUCUGAUUGCAAAGAGCAUUUGGCUAUCCCGUUGCAAAGUCAUCUACUAUACACUUUUUAGCUGGAUGUACGGGUUUGUCGGUUCAUGCGCUCACCUUGCAGUGGUCAACUCCUCAUGGACUCAAGCUCAUAUAGUGAAACUUUGGGGGAUUCCGAGACGUACGAAGAGAAUUUACCCCCCUUGUGAUACUAAAGGCCUUCAGGAGCUUCCACUUGAAAGACCUAUUAAUACACCAACAAUCAUAUCUGUCGCCCAAUUUCGUCCAGAGAAGGCUCAUACCCUUCAACUUGAGGCAUUUUCGGUUGCCAUUGGAAAGCUAGAUCCAAGUUCACCUAGGCCCAAGCUUCAAUUUGUGGGUAGCUGUAGAAAUCAGGAGGAUGAACAAAGAUUACAGAAUUUGAAAGAAAAAGCUAUUGAACUGAAGGUGGAAAAGGAUGUCGAAUUCUAUAGGAAUUUUUGUACUGGUAUAAUUUCAAUUAUGACAUCCCUAAUUCCCUAUUACUUCUCCUCAAUCUUGAGGGAUUUAGUGAGACUUCUGGGAGGUGCCAUUGCCGGGAUCCACUCCAUGGUAGAUGAGCACUUUGGCAUAAGCAUCGUAGAGUACAUGGCUGCCGGAGCAGUACCAAUUGCUCAUAAUUCAGCGGGUCCAAAGAUGGACAUUAUUUUAGAAGAACAAGGGCAACAGACAGGAUUCCUAGCUCAGAAUGUGGAAGAAUAUGCGGAUGCUAUUCUUCAGCUACUAAAAAUGUCAGAUGCGGAAAGGCUUGAGAUGUCUGACGCAGCCAGAAGACGUUCUAGGCGAUUUUUAGAGGAAAGAUUUUAUGAGGACUUCAAGGCUGCAAUUUCACCAAUUAUAUCUCAUCCUUCCCUUUAGAGAAACAUAUAACCUUUUGCAUAGUCUAAGCUGAUAGGAGCCCGAAGAGCAUCACAAGUUAUUCAAAGUUACAGCGAAUAUAAGGAAUGGCUUUAUAGGAACACAAUUCUUCAGUAGUUCUUGUCAGCAAUUUAAAGUAGACAAGAUAACUUCAGUCCAGAAAUUUUGUUAGAUUAGAUAGUGAUUAGUUAUACAAGCCAAUCUUGACAUUGAUUUUAUGCAGUCUUGUACUGAGAAGUCUCAAAAGUUAGAAGUUCAGGAUACUGGUUAGUCAAGAACCUAUUAUGUCCUAUUUUUUCGUCGGGGAAUACAUCAAUCUUGUUGCUCUCUGUACAUAAUGAGAGAUCAGAUGUAUACCUGUUUUGGAGGCUAAAAGUUUGUAUAUGUUUGUUGCAUCAAAAUGAAGUGGAUGGACUUCAAAUUU